AUGACGGAGUCCAACCACCACACCGCGGCCUUGAACACCACCGCGCUUCAGCGGGGCAAGGCGUGCCUCCGAUGCAGGUCAAGGAAGAUGCGUUGUGACGGCACCAAGCCUGCAUGCCAGCAAUGUCUUCGCAGCAAGAAAGGGGACUUGUGCGAGUACGACGAUGGCAAAGGCAAGACGCGGACACAGCUAUUACGAGAACACAUCGCCCGGCUCGAGCAAAGGAUCCGCGAACUCGAAGAUCCUGAACAUGCUGCGCCGGCGGUGACCCUCUACGACCCUCACGCUUCCUUCUACGACGAGUCCUCAGCCUCGGCGGGCAGCUCCCCUGCCAGCCUCCCUGCCAUGCCGCAUGUGAUGCCAGGCAUGUUUCCGGUCCCCGGUCCCUCUCGUGCAGGACCGGACCAUGCCCUUUUCCAGGGUUCGCCCUCACCGAUCCCCGGGCAGGAGACGUUCAAGAUGGAAGAGCCAACGGAGCCGCCCAUCGCGCUCGCCCAGAUCCUGUUGGACAUCUUCCUCCCCCACGCGGGCUCACAGCUCGGCUUCGAGAUCAGCAAGGACCGCCUACGGGAGUCGCUCACGCUCCCGCCCGCAGAGCAGCGCCACCCAGCGCUGAUGCACGCCAUCUACCUCUGGUCCUGCUUCUUCUCGCGCCCAGGCCCGCUCAGCGAGCACGAGCAGCUUUACCUCCGGCGCACCAUCGCGCUCCUCCCGGACGCGCUCGCGGACGCCGCCCGCGCGAUCGACGCCAUCCAGGCCUCGUGCCUCCUCGCCCUCUACUUCUUCACCACGGGCCGGCUCCUCGAGGGCCGCUACUAUUCGUCCGCCGGCGCUGCGCUUGCGAUCCAGGUUGGCCUGCAUCAGCCCCUGCGCGUGGACUCGCCUGCAUGGGAUCCGUUCUGCCCCGCGCCGCUCGAGCGCCCGAAGGACAACGUGGACGAGGGCGAGCGCGUGCUCGCGUUCUGGCAGGUGUACAACCUCGACCGGUGCUGGUCCGUCGCGCUGGGCACUGCGUCGACCAUUCCUCGAGAUAUCGACCCAUCCUUCUCGAUCGGCAUCCCGUGGCCGCAGAGCGUGGAGGAGUACGAGGCGGGACAGAUGCCGGAGCUUAGUGGCUCUGAUACCGUGCGCGCGUUUCUCACCGGACAGGCGACCUACUUUGGAGGGUACUCGAUGCCUGCGCUGCGGGCCAAGGCGUCGGCACUGUUUGCAUACGCUCACAGGCUGUCAUCCAGCCUGGACGCGAGCGCAGGCACCGUAGACAGUAAGCGCCCCCUGCAGCAGCAGUUCUUCGGCUUCGAGGGCCUCGUCUCGCGCUUCAUCGGCACGCUCCUCCCGCCGAACCAGCUCGACGCGGCCGUGCCUGAGAUGAAGCACACGCUCAUCACCGCGCACUCGCUCGCGCAGACGUCGCUUAUCCGCCUCCUCUUCCGCUUCGACGAGGCGUCGCCCGUCGCGCACGAGAAGUGCCUCCGAGCCGCCCGCGCCUGCGUCGGAAUGAUGCGACACCUGGCUGAGUCCGAAUACGCGUUCCUGGAUCCCAUCCUCGCCUCAUGCGGGCUUUCCGCAGCGGAGGUGCUGAUCCGGGAGGCGCAGAUACAAGAGCGCACCUGGGGCUUGGGAAACGCAACGGAGGUCCGCACGGAGAUCAACCUGAUCGCGUAUGCGACGUCGCUUCUCGGACAGACCUUCCCCAUCGCGAGUGCGUCAACUGCGGGUCGCCAUGCCGACCCCACCCCCUGCGCCUCCGUAUUGACUCGCUAA